AUUCAGAAAUCAGUCGAAGAAAGAACAUGGCCAAAAUGUUUGGAGAAAUUUUGGACAAGCAGUAUCAACUCCUAGUUGAAGACUGGAAGUAUCGAGAAGAGCACCAAGUCACUUUCAAUGCCCAAGUCAGGGAAGUACUGCGAUUGCUAGAAGAUUUGUCAUAUCAGCAAGUCAAUGAGGAAGUCAAAGGUUUCCAGUUAUAUGAGGAGAAUGAACAACUUAGCUGGAGAGUUGGAUCAUUAUUGACAAAGAUGUCUGAUGAAAUCACAAGAGAGUGCAAGCGUCUGAAGUGCUGGGCUGUUCUUGGAGAUGGGAUAGGAGCUCAUCUUGUAGCCAAUGGGAAGCAAGAAAUCCUUACACAGGAGGAUCUGAUUGCUCCUGAUGGCUCACUUCUAGCACCUGAUGUUGUCCACAUUGAUCCAUUAACUGAUUUGAUUUUCCCAAAUCUGGAUGCUCAGAUGAUUUUACCCAACAACCAUGCCAUAUCUGUUCCUAGAGACUAUUUUGUCCACCCUCAGACUGGGAAAGUGUUGCCUAUUAUGGGAAAUGUUUGUUACGACCCAAAGAGUUCAAGGCUUGUUAUCACUUCAGAUAAUACUAGAGACAAAGCAAGAAGAAUAGAAGAGCACCCAGUCCCUUAUGUGCCAUUCCCUAUAUUCUACAAGACAGGACUACCAGUAAACUGUCGACUCCAGGCCUUAAAGCCCGGAAUGGUGUUCAGAUUUGGUGCCCCUAUGGAAGAUCCAGCUUCAGGGAUUAUAGUACCUAUUUUGGCUAUUACGAUUCAUCCUCACACUGGAGUUGUUUACCCACUUGGAGGAACAUACCUCAGCCCAAUUACAAACAUGACUGAAGUCAUUGAAAUAGGCGGUAUCAUGAUAGAUAAUAAGACUGGGCAAGCUGUACCCAUACUUGGAGUUGGUAUCAAUCCUCACUCUGGUGGCGUGAUCCCUGUUGGUGGCACCCUAAGUCCUUCUACUUCAGCACUACUGCCUGGUGAUAACUUUGUCGAACCACUAAGUGGGAAAACAGUUCGAAUUGCUGGUGCCAGUUUGCACAGAUCAAAGGUGAUACCUCAUGCAGGAGGCUAUGGAUCCCUCUUGGACACCUAUGCACUGACCUGCCAGAUUCAUGUGAUGGACCUGUUAAAAGAGUACAAGGAUUCUAUCAUGAAAGGACUUACCCUGUCAGUGGAGCACCCACUUAGCAAGAAGGGAGCAUUAAAGGCAACCUUGGCUGAUCUGGCACAGUAUUGGAGCAGCCGACAGCAGCUUCUGAUGCAAACAAAGUGUGAUCUUGAGCAUGAAGAACAUCUUAUCCAGAGCCUCAUUAGCAGUGGAGGAAGUCAAGGCAUGAUCAAAUACCCUGGAACCAACCUUUUCUGCCAUGCUGUGAUUGGCAUGUUAUAUCCAGACCCAGAAGGAUCAAGGAUGGAGGUCCCUUUACUUGGAGUGUAUGAUGCCAGUAACACCAGACAGCUUAUUCCUCUUGCUGGUACAAUGGAAGAUGCAAAUGGCAAAGGGCUUGUUCCUAUUAGCAUUGGUGCAAGAACUGUUGAUCCAGUAACAGGAGAAGUUGGCACAGUUGUCGGAGCCAGACUUGAUCCUCUUAAAAACAUUGUGCUUCCAGUAACUCAUUCAUAUCAUCCUCUAAUAAAGCAGAAAAUGAGAUUUGAGCUGAUUGAUCAAGUGGAAAAUGAAAUUGGCGCACGUUGCAAGCACUAUGAGCAACAGAAGAAGAAAGAAGACACCCUUUUCCAAGAACUGAGCACUUCAUUGCGAAGCUGUCUGGAUUCAGUCACACAAGGGAAAUAUAACAAGACACAGUGGAAUAGUUCCGGAAAAUCACUUAAACUGACAUCUUCAGCUCUGCUGCAAGCAUCAACAACAGAAAUGCAGAGAAGAGCAAUGCAGGUGUCAAACAUGGACUCUGUGGUAUUUCCAAAUGUUGUGCUUCUUUUGAACAAAGUGGAUAAUGAUGAAGGAGACCUAUUGCUACAACUUAUGAAUUUGAUUCAAGAGCUUGUUCAGAAAGUAACUUUGUAUUUUGAGAAAUUGGACCAAGAAGAGAAAAGGCUAAAAGUCCAAGCAAUGAAACAGAUAGUGGGUGUGGAAAUGAAAAGUCACAAGCAGACUAAAGAUCAUCUGCUGAAGGAAAUUUGGGAAUUUGUACUGACUCAUCAGGCGAUGCUAGACAGAGCAUUCAGUAGGCUGGAGUACCUAAGGUGUCUCUCAAAUAUGUAUACAAGAAUGGCUAAGGACAUACUGACUGGCAAAUCAUACUGCUUUGGUGACUAUCAGAUAAGUGAAAAUAAUAACAACAAAAAAACCCAAAGAGGAGCACAACUAAGCCAAACUCAUCUGAUCCCUUUAUUAAAGCAGCUUAUAACUUUGCUAGAAGAAAAGAAUCAGAAUUCACUAACUACACUUACAAAAACACAGCCAGAAGAAGACUAUGAUCAAAUUGUGGCCAAAUCCCCACUGCUUAGACUACUGAAGACUGUGAACAAGCAGCUGAGAGCAAGCGCCAAAGCUGUCGGAAUACUGGAGACUGAGCAUUUGUCAGAAGAAGCAGCAGCCGUACCAGUUGAUCACACACAAGACAACAGGUCUGAGUUUUUGGAUUUAUUGGAUGCACAACUAGUGUGUGAAGGGGACCUGACUUCAGUGAACUUAGAUAGCCUUUCAGCAAGAGAGUUUAUUGUUUAUCAGCAUGGCCUGUCUCUUCUUAAUUUCCUUGAGUCACACAUUUGUGCUCCACGGAUCACUUUGCUCUUAGCUGCAACUCUGCCUUCUAACCAAUAUGUGAAUAAUGCCUUCCGAAAUUCCUUCUUCUUUGAGGAAGCAAAGAAGAUCUUGUUCAUACGACGGCAGUGCUUAGAGUCUGUAGGUGGCUUCACACUCCUCCUGCUGCAUUGCUUAUCCCACAUAACUGCUGAGGACUUGGCAUAUGACUCAAACCCGGUGUUCAUCAGACUCUUUCAUCAGGCUCUCAAAGCCUGUUUCAGUGAUUACUUCUUUACCCGACUGCAGCUUACAUCAUCCUGUUCUCCGCACAAGGAACUCCUCAGGGUCCUUCAGAAUACCCUGCUCUGCGGGGAACCCUGUUCUGCAGACACCCGCAACACACUCUCCCAUCUGCUUCAUCAAAGGGUGGAUGAACCCACCGAAAAGGAGUUCUUUCAGGAGCAAACAGUGGAUCACAUGAUGAGGUACAAGAAAGCAGCUGCCUGUUGCACAGUUGAAAACUUGCUAAAAGAAGAGAAACUAGCAACAAAAACUGAAUAUUUUCAGCAGUCACAGGAAAGUACUGCAUCAAAAUACAACAGAAGAAACAGCAAAGAUGAACAUCCAACUGCAAUUAAUGAAGACAUUCAGGAAGGUCUGGCUUGUAAAGUUAAAGAGCACUCCAUGCUUCCUGAACCACCACCCAGGACCAGCACCCAGAUUUCCAGCUCUCCUAGCAAUCCUUCAUCAUUGCCUAACAGGGAAUCAUUAAUCCAUCAAAUCCGGGAGUUGGAGCUGGAAUGUGGACUUCUGAGUCAAGCUGAGGUGGAUGUAAGGAGCAAUCUACAGUUGGAAAGUAGUGGAGAGCUUGGGUAGCAUCCUAAACAUAUGCAGUAACAAGGCAAGCCAGAUGUUUGAUGCAGAGUGCAGAAAGUAAUAGUACUUGCAAAUAGUUGUAAGGAAGAGUUGUCAUUAACCCCAAAAACUAUUCUUUUAUUCUCAGCCUGCUUUUUCAUUUUCUAAUUUUUUUUUGCAGCUGAAUAAUCAAUCCCAGCAACUCAGUUGCCUGUUUCUUAGAUCUCAUUUCUGUCUAGAACUUAAGAAACACUGACAUAAGUGCCAGAAGAAUCACAAAACGGAUUCUAACAUUAUCUGCUAAAUAGAACACAUUUGUGUGGUGAGUUACAAUAUGUGUAACCAUUUCAGAGUGUUUAUUUGGGUUUGGGUGAAUCCAUUAUUGUGUUAAAUUACGUUGUGUGUCUUGUGCACAAAUUUGUUUUAGUAUUGUAGAUUUCUGUGUCUUUGCUAAGGUUGAUGCCUCCUUCUCUGCUGCUCAACUUGCCUAAGAUGGCAAUAUUGUGACUUGGAUUAUGGAGCUGCCUGUAAUAAAGCUGCCACUGUAAUAAAGAACAUCUCACAUCAA